GUCUAUGAUUUUACGGUGAAGGGAGGAGGGACGAUUUCGCUUCGUUGUCGCCCAAUAUUUAAUUUUGUGGUGAUUUGUGUAAAAAAUUUAUAGUUGAACUAAAAUUUGUGAAGUUAUCUGGUGCAUCUAUGUAUGAAAGUUACUUUAUCCGGUUACCUUUUGCUCGUUUAUCGUGAAAAAUAACAUACCGACCGCUCCCUAGGCGUAGAUUUGUACGUCAGUCGCGUAUUAUUUUCCAUGCCUGUUUGUACUGUCUACUAGCAUUAGUAGGGGCCGUGAUGGUAAAAGCUAUUGGAAAGUGUACCCAUUAAUGAAACUUCGCGAAAAUCGUAUCCCACGUUCCGUUUUAUGUGAUUCUCGUGUUUAGUAGUUUAGAAGAUUGUGGCCAUUACGGUGUCGCCUUGUCAGCGUUACUGUGCUAUCGGGUUUGAAGCAUAAAAUGCCCUUAUCGUUCAGUACACCAGCCGACUUUUAGACGGGCCGGUUGCCUAGUCAUGAUAAUCAUACCACAUCAGAAAUGGAAGGCGUGAAGAAAAUACAUUCGGGUACACUGUAUCGGAACGGUCCCGUGGAGGGUGCGUACGGUUCGCAACACAGUCCCGUGUCGCGAUCGGACGCCUCCACAGAGGACGCAGAGCUGUCAGCGGCGUUAGCGCAUCAACACCAUCUAGCUAUGCAGGCUGGUGACUAUCCCCCGAUGAGCAGCGGCGUCGAUCCUGACUACGGGCAGUACGUGUCGUCGCCGGCAGCUCACUACAACCACAUGGGGCAUUUGACUAUGGCGCCCUCGCAGAAAUAUCCGCAUGUAAUGGAUUCGGUGUCGGUGAGCGGGGGCGGGAGCUAUGCGGGAGUGGGGGGCGCGGGGGGCGCGGGCCACUACGGCACGUACGGGCACUACGGCGCGGCCGCCUACCCACAGCCCGCCUACAUGGUCGAUCCGACCCAAGUACCGCCUUAUAUGGCACAGGAGUACGUCGAGGGAGGAGGUAGUGCGUCACCCAGGAGUGCUUCACCUGGUGCAUUGCCGCAGCACAAUCUACAUCUGCAACAGAGGUACGACUCGGCGUCUCUGGAGCAGUUGGGGCGUCAUUACUGCGUGACGUCACCGCGGGGCGAGUACGCAACGGACGCGUACGGCUAUCAACACUACCCCGCCGCGUACGACCCGCCGCAUCAACCGCCGCCUUUCAAGGACUCACAAAACGGACUAAGCAUGGGUAGCGCUGGAGGACAAUCAAUGUAUGGAGACGAGGAGGAAUUGCAGAAACAAAUGGCUAGCAUGGCUUUAGUACACGGAGGUCGUGAAGACGGAGGCGGGCUGCAGUGGCGCGAUCCGAACCUAUCGGAGGUGAUCGGCUUCCUGAACUCUCCGUCGGAUGUCGUCAAAGCUAACGCCGCAGCCUAUCUACAGCACCUGACCUAUAUGGACGACCCUAACAAACAGAAGACCAGAAGUUUAGGCGGCAUCCCGCCCCUUGUGCGGCUGGUGUCGCACGAGAACCCGGAGGUGUGCCGUAACGCGUGCGGCGCGCUCCGCAACCUGUCGUACGGGCGCCAGAACGACGAGAACAAGCGCGCCAUCUGCGACGCCAACGGCAUCCCCGCGCUCAUGGCGCUCUUGUGUCGAGCCACCGACAUGGAGGUUAAGGAAUUAGUUACCGGUGUUAUAUGGAAUAUGUCAUCGUGCGAGGACCUCAAGCAGUCGAUAAUCGAUGACGCGGCUCAGGUCAUUGUGAACAAAGUUAUCAUACCGCAUUCUGGCUGGCAUCCCACCAACCCUGGAGAUACUUAUUGGUCUACCGUAUUCCGCAACGCGUCGGGCGCGCUGCGCAACGCGUCGAGUGCGGGCGAGUACGCGCGGCGCCGCCUGCGCUGCCUGGCGGGGCUGGCGGAGGCGUUACUGCACGCGGUGCGCACGGCGCUGCACGUCAACGCGAUCGGCACCAAGGUCGUCGAGAACUGCGUCUGCGUGCUACGGAACCUCUCCUAUAGAUGUCAGGAAAUCGAAGACCCCCUCUACGACACUCGAGCACCUCCCACACAGUCGUCGGGACAAGCCAGGAUACAGGCCAGCGCUUCGAAAGUGUUGUGUUUUCCACAAGGAGAAAACCUCGGCUGUUUCGGAGGAAGUAAAAAGAAAAAGGAAGGUUCCUCAUCGUCGAACUCGACCAGUCCACUCGGGAAGUCCGAGCCCGAACCGCAGCCCGUCGAGAACAACACCCAGCUCGGUUACUCCGUACCCAAAGGAACGGAGAUGCUCUGGUCUCCUGAGGUGGUCCCGCUGUACAUGGCGCUGCUGCAGACGUGCUCCAACCCGGAGACGCUGGAGGCGGCGGCCGGCGCGCUGCAGAACCUCGCCGCCUGCUACUGGCAGCCCUCCAUCGACAUACGCGCCGCCGUCAGGAAAGAAAAAGGGUUACCGAUCCUGGUGGAACUGUUACGUAUGGAAGUGGACCGCGUGGUGUGCGCCGUGGCCACGGCUCUACGUAACCUGGCCAUCGACCAACGCAACAAGGAGCUGAUCGGGAAGUACGCGAUGCGCGACCUCGUGCAGAAGCUGCCCAGCGGGAACCAACAGCACGACCAGGGUACUUCGGACGACACCAUAGCCGCCGUGCUGGCGACCCUCAACGAAGUGAUAAAGAAGAGCGGCGAGUUCUCGCGGUCGCUGCUGGAGGCGGGCGGCGUGGAGCGGCUCCUCAACCUCACCAAGCAGCGGCACCGGCACACGCCCAGGGUCCUCAAGUUCGCAGGUCAAGUGCUGAUGACGAUGUGGUCCCACGCGGAGCUGCGCGAGGUGUACCGCAAGCACGGCUGGCGCGAGGCCGACUUCCUGACGCCGGCGCGCGCCGCCCAGCAGAGGUCGUCCUCGGGCAGCAGCGCGGGUCCGGGGGCCGCGUCGGGCGCGCCGCACUCGCCCGGGCACGCCAACAGCACGCUCAGCCGGCCCAUGGCCUCGACCGGCGGCACCAGAUACGAGGACCGCACCAUCCGCAGGCAUCGCGAGAACGAUGACGUGCCGCCGAUGGAUGCGAACAACUACCAAGAGGGGAUGGGCAUGGGCAAUCCGAACGGCCGGCCAAUGAACCUGCAGGGCGUGCAGGCUCAGAUGCCAAUGCCGCCCAGCAGUCGCUAGCUACACCUAACGUCUGACGAUUCACAGCGAUGAUCAUAUCAGGGAAUCGAGAGAAUAUUUUUGUGUUUCAUUCAAAUUUUAUUGACAAGCCACUGACAGCACGAAUCUAUAUAGAGAUGAUAAAAGUGUGUCCAAACAUAGAGCGGCAGGCGUACGGCAGUAACACUUUACUGGUGGUAGGACCUGUUGUUAGUCCUGUUGAGAUCUUAGAACUUAUAUGUCAAGGUGGGUGGCGAAUUUGCGUCGUAAAUGUUUAUGGGCUCCAGUAACCACACCACCACACCAGGUGGGCUGUGAGUUCGUCCACCCAUCUAAGCAAUAAGCGGUUGCUUAUUAUUAUGAUAAUCCUUAUGGCGAGGAUCCCGUAACUCAUUGAAAGAGCCAUAUUAUAUUUCAAUGAAGCGAACUGUAUGUUUAAAUAUCUAUCUUUUUGUAUGUGUGUAUACAUGUCCAGACACGAUCAACGACCAAUACACAAACCUACAAAUGUUCGCGCGCGGCAGACUUCCGAUCUAUAUUCGUACACACCUUUAUGUGUUGUUGUGUUCCUAAUAUAUUUAAAUUUUAUUGACAAGUCAAUUGACAACAGCAACAGUUAUCUGCCAGGAAAAGGGAAAAAUAAUUUUAAAUUGAAAGCAAAUAUUGACUUUAAAACGUCUUAUACAAUAUGAGUAGCGCACUAAAAUUACCGUUAGUAUUUGUUUUCAAAUUAAAACACCACAUUAGAUAUUGCACGAUCUAAGAUUUUCCAAUAUAAUCAUCAAUAUGAAUCGUAACGAAUAUAAUAUAUUUAUUAGGCUUUGUGAGAAUUACAUCAUUAAACCAAUAAGUUUCACAUAUAAUUUAAAGUAUUCUUGCAAAGCCAAUAGUUGUAGUAUGACAUUAUCUGCACGAGUAUUUAUGUUAAGAAAAAAGAAGACAAAAGUAGCUCCUUCAGUGUUGAAAUUUAGAUGUGAAUUUAACGUUCCAGUGUACAGUUAUCAACAAAAUUCGAAAAUGAAAAAAAUAUAAAAAUAAUAAUGGAAUCAUCAAUUUCUGUUUUUAGUAUUAACAUAUUUAUACACUUUCAAUGUGUAUGAAGGUACUGUUUUUAUUUUUUUAAUUAAAUUAAUAUUAUUUAAUUUCUAUUUCGGAUUAGUGUCGGUAACUGUACUUUUUUUUUUAAAUGUAAACGUGUAUAGGCCUAAAUACCGAAAUGUAUUUCAUUUGAAUUCGGCCAUCAUUAAUAAUAUAUUAAUUACGUUUUGUAUAUUAUCAUGUCAAUUCCCUUGUGUAUAUAGUUGUGCCAUCUUCUGUACUAAUAUAAUAAUAAUACUAAUAAUAAUAAUAAUAAAGUUUUUUGUAGUUGUUGUGACGUAUCUAUGUCUAAAUAAGUAAAACGUCUUUUUUUUUAUCCAUAUAUAUUUUUUGCCACGUACGUACGGUUCAGUGUUCGUAAUGAAAAAGCUAAUAUUUGUAUUGGAAUUUGCGAAAUGUAUCGUGUUUUUUUUUAUUAAAUUAACAAUGUAUACAUUCUAAUAAAUAAAUAUCGGUUGUAUAUAGAGAGGUGCUGACAAACGCGAUCCAUCAAAGAAAAUCGAUAAUAAUGAUAAAGAUCGAAAUUCACUCUUCUUCUGAACAGCAAACUGAAUAAUAUUAAUUUAUUGGGAAACGAACAAAGAAUGAAUUGAAACACUAUAUAAAUGUAUAUAAAUGAUUCCUUAAAUUAGAUCCGGCACAGGUACGCUAUAUACAAUCGAUAUUGUAACGAUUAAAGAUUACAAUUAAAAUGCAUCGAGCACUGGUAAUGUAAAAAAAAAAAUACAUUAUAGAUAACCACGAUUUGAAUAUUGUAGCAUUGUCUAAUUUGUAUGACGUUAACUACUAUUUACAAAAAAAUAUCUAACGUGAGGAUUAUUUCUUGGAUCGUUCGAUAGAGGAAUAAUUUGCUGACGUUUCUAUUAGGUUGAAUGAAUAGUCAAAUGACCAGAACAUUUGUGUCGGUCUUACGGCAUAGUUAAAGUUUAGAAUUCGAAGCUUAGUCCUGAAUUGAGUUUUUCUUUUCAAGCGUUUCAUAAGAAAUUAUUUGUAUUAAAACUUCACAUCAGCAAAGAUAAAUAAUGUAUUUGUAAAUUCAGAAAAAACACUCUCCAUUCUCAGUCCAUUCAACCCUAAAUAGUGAUUUAAUAUAAUAAAAUAUAAUUUUUGUAAUGUUUUAUAUCCAUUCCACGUCUUUUUACGGUUUAAUAUAUAAAAAUAGGUUCUAUUGUCCUUAUAAAUUUAAUAAGAUAAGGAAUAUCCGUCUUAUAUAAUUAUAGCAUUAAGAUGCAUAAUCGUUUACCGCGUUUUAGUUCUUAUCAUGACAAUUUUCAAACGGAAGUUGCUUGAACGCAAUAUUCAUAAAAAAAAGUAUAAUUUAGUGGGUUGUACUCUAAAACACCAUAAUCGAUUUUAGUUCACAAUACUUUGGUAUCGAUCAAACGAUAUAUCGAUUCCGUAGAAUUUGAUAUGACACGAUACGAUAAUUGUGAAAGAGAUAUGAUUUUUAUGUAUCGAGAUUUUUAUAUCGAUUGUUAUGAUUGGCCGGUUAUUUGGGCCCGAUAUGAUUUCUUUUUGAUGUUGUGAUUUAAUUGUAUAAUUAGGGUGUUCAUCUUGUGAACGACGUCGUCCUAUCCUAGUACAAUGGCUGAUAGAUGUUACCCGUCACGCAACGACCCAUCGUGAAGUGAAGUGUUUAUAGAUUUUUAGAAAAUUAACAAACAAAUAACAACAGACAGUUAAAUAAAUUGUGAUAUUUUUUUUUUGUUUUCUCUCAUAUAUAAUUAACAAUAGUUGUGAAUCCGUGAAAGACGGUAGCUUUAAAAGUCCAUAUUAUUAAUGUUUUUUUUUAAUGUUUCCCUCCGCAUAUUAUGAUUUUAGUGGUAGUGUUUUAUUUAUUUGACACGUUUAUCUAGGUUAGUUUUAGGAGUAAGUCUCGGCGUGACCUUACAUGCACAAGAAUGCAUUUCAUAGAGCUGGAAAUGGGCUUACAUCGACUGAAUAAUCCUUGUACAAACUACCCUCAAAACAGUGCAUUAUAAUGAUUUAAGUACGUGUAAGUUUUUUGUAUGAUAUUAUAAAGGUUUUGUACAAGAUCGCAACUUGCCGGACCCAGGUCGCUUCCAUGAAGCGAUCGAUUGAUUUUCGUUGUUGGCCGAAGCGUUUUAUAUGAAGACUUUUUGUAUUUAGAUUUAAGAUGAUUAUUUAAUCACUUCUUAUUUAUCAACUAGAUAAGUAUAUACAAAGUUAGGAAUUAUUAUAUUGUUUUUGUGUUGUCUCAUAAAUUUUAUGUAACCACUGUAGCAUAGGAUUUUUUGUAGCAUAUAUUUUUUUUUGUAUCAUUUUAUCGGAAACUUCCAUUUCAUACUAUAAAGAUCUCUAGUUCUUUCCAAAUUUUAUGUUUUUUUAGAUUAGUGAAUUGAAGUAGAUAUAUUGUAUUGUCUGUGGUUAACCAUAGACUAAGUUAAGGAGUCCUUGCACGAUAGGAAAGGUAAAGCAAAAAAAAAACUUCUGUAAAAAAGACAUUUCAUUGCUCUGUUUCAUGUUGUAUGAGAAAAGUCAUUUUGAAGGGUUAGUGGUGUUUUGAUUCUAUUAAAAAUACGCAAUGAAAUUUAUGAGAACAGUUAGAGGAAACUAUUCAAAUAUAGGAGUGAGGGUAUGGUACAAAAUUGUUGCUAAAUUUUUUCAAAAAGAAUAGCGUAAUUUAAAAAAAAAUACAUUUUACAAGCGUUCUUACUAUUUAUAAAAUAAUUCAAUAAUGUUAUUCAAACAUAAGUACUCCUAACAGUAGAGAAUUGCCUGUAUUUUAGUUCAUGAAUAACGCGACGAUUAUUCCACAUUUAAUAUAUACACUCCUUGAUUAUAGACGCCUGAUAGAAAUUAGACUUUAUCGAAAUGUUACUUCACAAGACAUUGAAUCGAAUCUAGGCUUUUCGAGUUGCUUCAAUCAAUUAUCAUAUUUAAUUAGCCCACAUAAUUCGCUGUUGGAUCUUGCAGAUACAGCAUCCAGGGGCUUCCCCUUUAACAUCCCAUCAGCUCCUAUUAUGGUAAGCCUAACCACGCUCUGUUUUCCGGUACGGAAAUAUUUGCGGUUGCCGCUCCAGUCCUUUUUGGAUUCAGCAGCUAUUUAUUCUUUGAGCAAUGUGCCCUACCCGCGGCCAUUCCCUGCCAAACUCUCAUUCCUUCGGGCUAUGUCAGUUACCUCCGUUCUUCUGGGAAUCUCCUCAUUCCUGAACCGAUCGCGCAGACAAACUCCAAGUAUAGCCCUCUCUAUUGCUCCACGACUUUGAGCCUUCUAAUUAUCUGCGACCACGUCUCAGUGUCAUACGUCAUUACUAUUAUUACAGGCAUUUUCGAUCAAUAUUUGAUUUGAAUUAAAACCCGAAAUACAGAUUUUUUUGUUUUAUUUUCAGCUAUUUUAGAAAAUGCCUUUGAUAGUAAAUCAUGUUAUUUACAUGAUUUUUUUGUAUUACAUAGUUAUAUAAUGUCGUCCGUUUGUUCACUUCACUGAAUAAUGAGUAAGAAUGAGCAAAUUUUUUGGAAACAACAAAGUCCGUUUCUCUAUUUCAAAUUGAAUUUUGUGGUGUUUUCAAAACACAUUUAGAUUUUUACAAUCAUACUUUACUGGUAUUAUUGUAAUUUUCUAUUCUAUUCUUUAAUAAUAAUCUAUUAAAUAUCAGGCUAAUAUUAAAAUAUAGUGAAUUUAAUUAAGUACUACAGAGCUUGAAAAUGGAGAUAUGAAACUUUAGUAUGGCAAUUUCUCUACCGGUUAAUCUUUUGUAAUUGUUUAUUGAUUUUAUUUUUAUUUUACGAUUUUUUUUCAUACAUUAAUUAGUAAGUUUCUCUAAAACCUUUGGAUGUCUUCAUACAAUAAGAACGAAGUAAUAAACAAUUUUAACUUUGAAUAAUUCAGGCUUUUCCGACGUUGAAAUUGUAACAGAAAAUACUCUUUUAUUUAUGUUUCUUAAUAUAUUAGGUAAAUACUAUAUUUUAUACUGUGAAAUUAUUUAAACGGGAACAUUUUUAGUUUGUCGCUGCGACAAAACUAGUUUUAUAGUUUUAAAAAUCACUGUGUGUAGAUUAGAAUAUUAUUCCCUUAAUACAUGAAUAUGAUUAUAAUUAUUGAAAAAUAUUAUAUUAUUAUCACAGAGAAAUUAAAUUAAUGAUUUUUA